UGCUCUGUGUCUCGCGAGAGCCGUGUGUCGGUGCCCGCGCGGGGGCGGUGCUCUGUCUCUCGCCACAGCCGCGUCUCGGUGUCCGGGAGGCCGCGGCGGCGCUGGUGGAGGGGAGAGCCUCGCGCCGGGACCGAAGCACUUCAAGAAUGAGUUCACCACAGGAUAGGAGUAGAAAUUCCUGCAGCAGCGAGCCUCUGGCAAAGUGCCUUCAAGCAAAGAAGGACUUGGAAACAGCUAUAUCUGGAAUCGUUAAAGCUGAACAACAGAUUAAAGAAAACUGGCAGGAGGUGAAAGCAAAGAUUCACAGCCACAUCAGCCGCCACCUGGAGUGCCUGCGCAGCCGUGAGGUCUGGCUUUUCGAGCAGGUGGAUCUCAUCCAGCAGCUGAAGGAGGAGGCCUUGCAGCAGCAGGCGCAGCAGCUCUACUGGUACUUGGGACAAUUCAAUUGCCUGAUUCAUCAGCUGGAACGCUCCUAUAGUAACGAACUAGCAAACCAGAUCUCAGUUUGCCUAGAGAGACUGGAAAAUCUUACUCUUAAACCAGAGGAGUCCUCCAUCCUGAAUUUUGAGGCUGACACAUCUUACCUUCGCCAGGCUAUUACCUCCUUUGGUUCAAUUAAAACGAUGCAAACCUCAGAGAGAGAGACAAUUUCUCCUUGGUUCCCAGGGCAGAAUUGUGGCCUAAUGAACUGUGACCAGCAGAAAACACUGUGUGGGACAGUGAGUGCCUCGCUUGCUGACUGGUUACUGGGAAGCAAACCUGUGGCUGUUCGCCAGGCUCCGUACGUUCCCAGCACCAAUCUGGAAGACUGGGUUACACAAAAAUGUGUCUCGGAGCCCAGCCAGGAUUUGAGCUCCUCCAAACUCUGUUAUUUUGAGCAAGCCUGGGGAAAUCUGAAAGAUUUGGAAAACUGGCUCCUGCAGAACCAACAGUGUGAUGUUACUGGGAAGACAGACUCUGCUGGCCGCAAGGACUCCACCUCUACUCUCGACUCAUCCUUUUCCACUAUCGAAAAGGUGGAGGACUUGGAAUCCCUUGGACAAGAAGAGAUGGACCUUUCUGACUGGCUGCUCACUCCUGACACAGCAAAUAGAAUUAGUGCUUCAGAUGGGAAAUGGAAGUAUGAAUUCAAACCUUUUAGGGAAGAAUUCAAUUUGAAUGAUUGGCUCCUCAAAGCUGAAACAUGUACCAGCUGUCUCGGCAGCCAGGUCAAAGGUGUGGAAAUUGAGAACCUGGGAAAUUUGAAGUGCCUGAAUGAGCAUCUGGAUGGAAAGAAAUCGCCCACUACGUCUCCUGUAAACGCUUGGCUUCUUCAUCCCCAGGCCCCGUUUAAGGUGGAAGAUGUGUGCAAAGCUAAUGAGCUGUGUGCCAGCUUUUCAGAGUGUGUGUGUGAUGAAAACUGUGGAAAAGAGGCUCUGUGUAAAUGGCUUCUGAAGAAAGAAGGGAAGGAUAAAAAUGGAGUUCCGGUCAGCCAGAAAGAGAUACCAAACCCUGAGCAGGAGAAGACAAAGUCUGCUGCCAAAACCUGGCUGAACCCCGUGCAGCAGCUCACAGGGGAACCCGUUAGUGCAGAGAAAGCGGAUUAUUCGGCAGAGAUUGCAGAGCCCUGGAAAGUAUUGCUCGAAAGGCCUCUGACAAGCUGGCUAGCCAAGUCUGAGCACAAACCAGAAAGUGCAGAAGAAAAGGCCAGUAGGGAAAAAGCAGAUAAUAGUUUCACGAGUCCUUCCCUAGGCUUCCUGGCUCCAUUCCAGCUCCCCUUGAACAUAAACAGCUGGGUGCUGACCUCAAACAACCUAGAAAAUGCAAACCCGCCUCCAGCAGAAGAUAAAUGGCUUCUGCGCAAGAAAGCACAAGACUUUGGCCUUCCUACAGUCUGCGACAUUUUUGCCUGUAUGAAACUCAGUGGAGAUAAAGAAAAAUGGCUGUAUCGGACCCCUUUGCAGAUGUGAAGAAGUGGAAGUGUUGAACUCAUCCCCUUCCUGCUGAUCAAUCGCACACCACGCUGAGUGACUGCAGCCAGCUGAAUCCUUGUGUUUGUGUUUGGCCAUCUGCUUUUUCUUCUAAAAUUAUAACAAACAGAA